UGUAAGCUCUGGUCAGCGCUCUCUCUCUCUCAGUAUGUGAACACGGCAAACGUAUGUUUCCAGGUUUCAUACUCGAGAAGAAUGAAGAUUUUUUCAGCUCAGAUUGAGGAGGGAAGGGAAGGCCAAGAUGGGAAGCCAUCAGUUGGUCCAGCCUAUCGUAAUUUACUCUCCAGGAGCAAUUUUCCUCCACUUGAUCCCAAUAUAACUACAGCUUGGGACGUUUUCAGUACGUCUGUAGAAAAGUAUCCUGGAAAUAGGAUGCUUGGAUGGCGCAAGUUUGUUGAUGGGAAGGUAGCUGGGCCUUACGUCUGGAAAACGUACAAGGAAGUUUUUGAUGAAGCUCGGGAUAUUGGUUCAGCAUUACGAGCAUCUGGUGCUGAACCUGGCUCCAGGGUCGGGAUUUAUGGAUCAAACUGCCCUCAGUGGGUUACUGCUAUGGAGGCUUGCAAUGCCCACAGGUUGGUUUGUGUGCCUCUCUACGAUACCCUUGGGCCAGGGGCUGUCAAUUUUAUUUUAGAUCAUGCGGAGGUUGAUUUUGUUUUUGUCCAGGAUAAGAAAGUGAAAGAACUACUAAAUCCUGAUUGUAGAUCUGCUCAACGACUGAAAAUCAUGGUGUGCUUCACUUCCUUAGCAGUGGAGGAGAAGAAUAAAGUAGCUGGCAUUGGGAUAAAACCAUUCUCGUGGAAUGAGUUCCUCCAUAUGGGGAAAGAAAACCCCUCGGAGAUUAUUCCACCCCAGGCUUCCCACAUCAGCACAAUAAUGUACACAAGUGGCACAAGCGGAGAUCCUAAAGGUGUUGUGUUAACUCAUGACAACAUUGCAACUUUUAUUAGAGGGGCUGACCUGUUUUUGGGGCAACUUGAAGACAAGAUGACUGAAGAUGAUGUGUAUCUCUCUUUCCUGCCCCUGGCUCAUAUCCUUGACCGUGUGAUUGAAGAGUAUUUUUUUCACAAGGGUGCUUCUGUUGGCUAUUAUCAUGGGGAUCUUAAAGCAUUGAGAGAUGAUUUGAUGGAGCUGAAGCCAACAGUUUUUGCCGGGGUACCUCGAGUUUUUGAAAGAGUGCAUGAAGGUAUACUACAGGCAUUACAGCAACUCAAUCCAGUAAGGAGAAGUAUUUUUGGCAUGCUCUACAGAUACAAACGUUUUUGGAUGACUAGAGGGUUUAAACAGAAAAAUGCUGCGCCGUUAGCAGAUCUAUUGGCAUUCAGGAAGGUCAAAGCCAAGUGGGGUCGGAUUCGACUGAUAAUCUCUGGAGGCGCACCCUUGAGCUCUGAGGUGGAAGAAUUCUUACGGGUUACUUGCUGUGCUUUUUUAAUCACAGGCUACGGUUUGACAGAAACUUGUGGACCGACUACUUUUUGCUUUCCUGACGAGAUGUGCAUGGUUGGUACUGCUGGUGCGGUUGCUGUGUACAAUGAGCUUCGGCUGGAAGAGGUACCAGAGAUGGGCUACAAUCCACUUGGGGAGCGACCAUGUGGUGAGAUAUGUGUGAGAGGGAAGACUGUUUUUUCUGGAUACCACAGAAAUCCUGAAUUAACAACAGAAUCCAUUAAAGAUGGCUGGUUUCAUACAGGGGACAUAGGGGAACUACUUCCAAAUGGAGUUAUUAAGAUUAUUGAUCGAAAAAAGAACCUUAUAAAACUUUCUCAUGGAGAGUAUAUUGCGCUAGAGUAUUUGGAAAAUGUUUAUGGUAUCAGUCCAAUUAUUGAAGAUAUCUGGGUCUAUGGGAACAGCUUUAAGUCAAUGUUGGUUGCAGUAGUUGUACCACAUGAAGAAAACACCAAAAAGUGGGCAUAUUCAAAUGGUCACAUGAGUUCAUUCACUGAACUGUGUUCCCUUGAUCAGUUCAAGAAUUAUGUGAUAUCUGAACUGAAGUCUACUGCCGAUAGAAACAAGCUGAGAGGUUUUGAAAAUAUCAAAGGAGUCAUUCUAGAACCCCACCCCUUUGAUAUUGAUAAAGAUUUGAUAACUGCAACAUUGAAGAAGAAAAGAAACAAGCUUCUUGAGUUCUAUAAGGUGCAAAUUGAUGAACUCUACCGGAAUUUGACCAGAGAAAAAUCAUGAAGGUUUCAAGGCCAAUAAGCAAAGUUGAUAUGGGAGUUGAGUGGACCAUGCAAUGUAUUACUUGUCACUCUCCCUAAAUUACCUGCAAAAUAGCUGUCCUACUUUUAAUUUCUAUGGAGAGAAUAUGAAACUAUGUUAUCUUUGAGCUGUUAUCUGUUGGAUUUUGUUUAUAAGAACAUGUCAUUUCCAA